AUGGCCCUCAUCGAAACAUCCCUCAUCUGGGUGGCCUACGCCGUCUGCCUCGCCAUCAUCUUCUUCUUCUCCGCCAUAUUCGUCUUCGUCUACCAGAAGCCCGGCGAAAGAUCGAUCGCCGUCACGAUAGUAUGCUGGUUCACCCUUCUCGCACUUCUUGCGACAGUGCUGCUCAUGCCGGUGGACAUUGCUUUGGUUUCAUCUACGACUGCUAGAAAGUUAGGAAGGAAGAAGGACUGGGCGACACCGGACAAGGUUGAUGAGACGCUAUACACCCUCAAAAUAGUCUACUACACGCUCUACGCCUUGGAUGCCGUCUUGUGUCUCCUGGUGGUGCCCUUCACAUACUUCUACUAUGAAGAGUACGACGAGGUUGCCACGGAGGAGGGACAGCAGACUGUUGCCGCAAGACUGUGGGGCGCCUUCAAAUGGACCAUCGGCUUCAUCUUGCUAUGUGUCGUCUUGUUCCUGGUCGGCUUCUUCGUGCCCGUCGCGAAGAAGGCAAGAGAUGAUCACAGAGACUUGGACUACUUCAAGGACUUGCUAACGGAGAACCGUAUGUAUCCCGAGAAUGCCAUCACGCGUCGUACUCACAGAUUUGCAGAUGGCGAACGCGCGUUGACUUUCUCCAUUGGCGUGCUGAUCCUCAUUGGCACCAUUCUCUACUGCCUGUAUACUGCUCCCGGUCUGGCCCUGCUCCCUGUCUCCCUAAUCAAAUCUGCCCCCAGAGUCUCCGCCCCGCAACUGGCUGAGACCACCGCAAGCCAGCUGUCACAGAAUCAGGAGCGUCAAAGGCAAUUGGAAGGACGUAGCGAAGGCCGUGAGGGUGGUCUGGACCCCAGAGAUCGCCGUGAGCUUGAAGCUCUGGUCCGAGAAGAGCGCACUUUGCGACGCCGUGAACGCUUGGCCGCUGAGAACUCAGGGGAAGGGAGCAAUUUCUUUGUGCGUGUCUGGAUCAAGCUCGAGGCCAUCUUCCGUCCACUGAAGCUCAUCUUCGGAUUGCUUCUGCUGGUCAUCUCCCUGAUCAUCUUUGCCAGCAUGCUCAUCACCAUGGUCGACAAGAUCAAGAACUCCGUCUGUGGUACUUCUUGCGGAUACUUGCUGGGCAAGACGAAGAUUUUCCAGCCUAUCAACGCUCUGCUAACCUACACGGCACGAGUGUUCCCGAUCGACUACAUAAUCUUCCUGCUCAUCACCAUCCUGUUCUUCUGUGCCAGCGUUGUCGGCUUGGCAUCGAUUGGCAUCCGAUUCCUUUGGGUUGUACUCUUCCGCAUCCGAAAGGGACACACCACUCCGAAUGCCAUGCUCAUGGGCACCGUUCUGCUCACACUGAUGGUCUUCGCCCUGAACUACAGUCUGCCAAUGAUUGUCGCUCCCACGUAUGCCACAUUUGGACCUCAGACUUUCUGCGACAGACCAUCCAACAAUCCUGACUUACAGCCCGACUGCAGUAAACAUCGUUCUGCCAUCAAGCCAUGCAGCGAAAGGACGGACAACCAAUUCGCCAAGUUGGUCUGCACGCCGACCGUGCUGUCCACCUUCCUGAACAGAAUCACCGCCAACUUUCCCUACUUUGGCGUCGUUGACUUCUACGCCCAAUUCGCUUUCCUUGGUAUCUUCUUCAUCGUCUUCGCUGUCACUUUGUUCCGAGUACCGAAACUCGAUGAAGAGCAGAUGGAGGAAGACGAGCGUGAGGCGGAAGAGGAAGGUCUGUUGGCAAGCACUGGACGUAGAUUCAAGGUACGCAGUUCUUCGACGUCGGAAUCAUGUUUGAACUCUACUGACUCGUUGAUAGGCCGACUGGCAAGACAUCACCGGCCGCGCCAAGGGCGUCAAGCGAGCUGACUACGGUGCUGUCAGCGGUGAAGGAGCCGGACAGUCCACACGAGAUGACUAG